AUGGUCACGUCUUGGUACGACACGCAACAAUGCAAAUCUGGGCUGCAUAAAAGUGACCCCAAGGCGCAACAGGGCAGCAGCGGGAUCAUUUGGACCGCCGCGAAGCCACCCGACCGCGAGGCCGAAGGCCCGAAGUGGACCGCCGCGGCCACGCGACCGGCGGUUGUGGUUCAGCGCAAGCCGCCGGUCCCGCGCGUGCGGACCCGACCCGAGCCGGCCGCGCGACCCGCGGUCGUAGUGAGGCGCAAGCCGCCGGUGCCCAAGCGGCCGCGGCCCGCACCGCGCCGCGCGCCGACCGUCGACGAGGUUCCGGUGCCCAAGACGCCGCCGCUCGACGAGCGAGCGCUGAAGCGCCAGUUCGACGGCAUCUUCUCCGGCGAGCCGGCGCCGCCCGCGCGGUCGCCGCAGCCCGUCAAAGCCCGCGCGGCGGCGCGGACGACGGAUCGCCUGCACCGCGACGCCGCGUCGCGGCGAGCCGCGCUCGACGCGAGGCGCAAGCGCGCGGCCACGCACGACGAGGCGGGCGCGCCCCUCUUCACGCCGCGCCUCACGGCGCGCUGGCGACCGACCUCGCCCAAGCCGACGCGCGACGAGCCAGCGCUGACCCCGCGGCUCGACCCGUCGCCGACGUCAGUCUCGACGCCGACGCUCGAGGCCUCCGCGACGAGACUGUCGCCCGCGAAGACGACGCCGCGCCGGCCCGCGCCGGUGAAAAUGGCACCAACACCGAAACAACCGUCGCCGCGCCAGAGGGUCGCGCGCGCGCGCCGCGCCGCCGAUGCCGCAUCCUUGGAGCGCGCGCUCGUCGCGGCGUGCCGGGCCCGCGACGACGGCGACGCCGGAGAAGCCGCGGCGGUCGCGGGCAUCGUGGCGCAGAGCGAUGUCGCCUUUCUCUGUCUGGCCUAUCGGAGAUGGGGCGCCGUGGGACCAGAUUUAGGGGGCGGUUCGUGCGACGACGAGGGCGCCUGGGGCGAGCGCGCCGCGUGGGCGGUCUGGGCGGCUGCAGAGCUCGACGCUGCCAAGGAGACCGUCGCGGCGGCGGCGUUGGCGCGGCGCCUCGUCGCGCAGCGGACGGGUCCCGCGGCGGCGUUCGCCGUUGCGGCCGUGCGUCACGGCGCCGCGCUAGCCAAGGCGCGGGCCGAGGCGCGCCGACAGGAAAAGCUAGCUGAAACCGUGCUCCCCUUCGCGCCGUCGUUCGCCACGCCAAAGGCGCAGCGGGAGGCGCUCGCGGCGCGCGCCAACGCGCGGGCCGGCGCUGAUGGGCUCUCAUUUACUGACGCGGCGCGCGUCAAGGCGGCGCGGGCCCAAUCAAUCGUCGCGGAGAAGCGCGUCGAGCGCAACCGGCGAGAAGCUGACGAGUGCACCUUCACUCCGAACGCGAAGCGGCGCGAGUCCGUCACGCCGGUCGCGCGCGCGAAGCCGCCGCAGAGCGAGCGCCCGCCGCCGCCACCACCGCCUCCACCUCCUCCGAAGCGAGAGGAGGUCGUCCUAAGCGCGCGACCGCCGCCUCCGAAACGCGACGUCGACGUCGAUUUGGGAUUUGUGCGUGUGCGCCUCGCCGCGUCGGACGGGGACGAUCUGCCCGCGCUCGUCGACGCGGCGGCGGCGGCGCACGGCCUCGACGGCGCGCAGCAGGACCGGUUGCUCGUGGCGUUGGCUGCGGCGGUGCUAGGAUAA